GUUUUUUACGAUCACACUUCCCGGAAACCUAAUUCCAGAAACUAUGGCUAUUCUGCACGAUGCUCCUUAUAUCCAAAUUUUCGACCUCCCACACAAGCACCUGAAAAGGCAAGAUUUACAGAUUAUAAUAAUCACUGGAUCCACCACAGCAAGGUAAGGAACGAAGAUGGCCAUUCAGAUCCCCGGACUCAAAAGCGUUGGCGGAUUCCUAUGUCUUCAGCCACUCUCGUAUGGUCAUCUUGGGAGGAAAGGAGCAAUCUUCAGCCAAAAAAAUCAAGCCGCAAUCAUACAUUUACUUUCCGAACCCAAACUAAGGUAUUUGAGCUUUUCCACUCCUAUUAUAAUAAAAACUUCUGCAUAACUGAGUGUGGGUAUAAAAGAUUUCAUCUCUGGUUCGAUUUGGAUACAUUAAGAUGGAUUAUGGAGUCUCUACCAAGGAUAUCUGUAAACAAAGCUUGGGCUCUCUUUUCGUUUGGUGAUAACCGUACCAUAGAGCUAGCAGCUGGUUCAAACAGAAGGGGUGAAUUUGUUAAAAUUCAAGAGAAAAGAAAGGAAGGGAACAGAUACAUCUUAAUCCCCUCAGGACCUAAGAAUACUGAUUUGAUUCUGUUCUUUAAGGCUGUGUCUUCUUUCAUUGAUAAAGUCGCCAAGGAUGCUAUAACUAAAACUCUUGAGAUUGCUCCUGCAACUACUACAAUUGCUCAAACUUCAGUGCAAACUCAGACGACAACUAAGCACCACUCACUGAGUCCUCCCCAAUUGGAUACAUUGGGAGUUGUAACACCUAGGUUACAAUUAGAAAAAUAUCACUUUGAUAGUGCAGAACAUAACGGGUUGAUUGAGGCUUAUUUGCGAAUCGAAGGUAUUGACAAAGACACCACUUCUCUUGAAUGUGUGAGCCAUUUGGAUGCCACCCAGGGGGAAACUGUCCCAGCUCUCUUCCCUCCCCUGCCUAGUAGUACAAUGUCCCUUUUUGCUCCACCCUUCAUACCUAUGUUGAAAAAUACCUUUGCAGCACUUUUCUCUAAAGGACAUGGAGUUGAGAACAAAGAUAAAGAACCUUUGGAUCCUUUCUCAAAGAUAAAUGACAUGAGCCUAGUUCAUAGUUUAAAUGCAGUGGAAGACCUUAUAGAGGAAAGGGAUGGACCUAUACUCUAUACUCACUCAGACGGAGAUGAUAAAGUAUUCAUAGACUCCAAGCUUAGGCCUUUGCAAGUUGACUUCUCAAGAUGCUUCAAACAACCCUUAAGCCUACGCAAGGAACUUAGGGGCACCAGAACAUUUUCACCUUCACAAAUAGUUACUAGAAGCAAAGCAAAAAUUCUGGAAGAAGGUAAGAAAAUAACUCCAUUGCUAUGGGAGGAGUCAGAGUCCCAAGAUUCGUUCGAAGAGGAAGUCAUCAAAUGCUUCAAACUUUGCUGCCCAAACAAAAAAGAGGUGUGUUCCAAGAUAGCCAACAAACCUUUGAAAAAAAGUCAAAAGAAGAAAGCAAAGAAAAGACUAAAAAAGAGUAUGGCAACAGAUAUUGAGGAUGACGAGGAUGAUUUUCUCCAUUGAUUAUAUGUUGAUUUGGAGCAGCAGUUUUGGUGACUCAGUUUUGGCUAUUUUGGGCUAAUAACAGUUUCAUACAUCCUCAUUCACUAUUUAUAUAAGCCAUCAUCUAACUCCAAAUUAACCAAUGCUUGAGAACUUUAGGCUCUUUCUCUUAUACACCCUCUUAGCCUCUAAGGAAAUCAGGGGACUGGAUGCAGCUGUUGACACAAUGUUAGCCAACAAGCUCUAAAGAGGAUUAAUUGGUAUCGUUAUGGGCGGGGUCUUCGAAGGUGUUUGAAGGCUUGCAACUUAGAUGGCCUGAAAUCCCUUAAUUUGGUACUUUGUUCCCCCUCACGGCUGUUCCUACUUGUCAAUUGGUGUGGAACAAACUGCAGGAAUGGUGUUUUGAAAAAUGGUAAGGGUAAGGCAUUGAGGAUGACAAGGCAAAUAGCUAAAAGCAUCGAGGCAGUUGAUCACGUGAAGAUUCAGGUACUAAAUUCCCGGUUUAUUUAAUCUAUGCAAAUGAAGACUCAAGACUUGUACACUCUUGCUACGGGGCUUUUCUACAAGACUUUUGAGGAUCAAGCUCUAGGUGCUUCACUCCGCUAAGACUUUUGAGAUUAUGGUGAAAAUUUUGAGGUUAUGGUGUACUUUUGGGUCUAUUGCAAGGACCCACUCCUGCAUGAUACACCCUUGGUCUCAGGUUCUUGUGCCAAGUAAGGAAGAGUCUUUGACUUUGGUUUUUGCUCUGGUGUCUCAUGUUACUUGGUUUAGACUUAUGAUGCAGAACAUUAUAUUGAUCAGAUCAAUGGAGGUUUCCGAAUUGAUAGUGCAGGCAUCUAUUAGACUACCUGGAGAUGUCCUCUAUUAUUGGAAGCUCUUUUCAAACAAUGUGGACCUUUAGAAAUCAUCAUUCUCUAGCUGGCAGAUGGACUGAACUAUGGGGACAUAAUUUGGAGUCUGGUUUUUUUGUUGUCUAGUAUUUUUUUUCUCUUACUUAUGGGGCAAUUUGCAAGCUUUUUGUACUUGGAUUCUA